CUGUUUUUCUCGGAUCUUGCGCCUGUAGCUGACUCGAUGCCCACGGUUGCUGCUCAAGCUUUCUACCAUCUUCUACAGCUUGCCACUAAUCAGGAGGUGCAAGUCCAACAGGAUGAGGCUUAUGGUGAGGUUCGCGUUGUCAUUCCUGGAACCCAGGAUCUCUCGACCUGAUCGAUUCUCCGCCGCUCCCGGCCCGUGCGAAGAUCUUGUCACGGAGACUUUCCUCUGCUGAAGCUUCGACGCCAUCGUGUUCCCAUUACUACGCUACAACCGCCCCUUCUUCCAUGUCCUCUCAAAAUCAAGAUGUUACCUCGCCUUCAGGGAGUGAUUUGUUGCAGACUCCAGUGAUGCGAGCGUGGCAGGAAGAGGAUCGGUUACCAUCCUUGUCUUUGCGCGAGUCGCGGCGAUCCGGCCGGGGAGGGGCCGCCGAUCUCACAACAUCCGCAAAGAAUGUCAUUCUCACCGAGGCAGGACGCAGCCCAUGGUAUUCCAAGGAAGGAGUGCCACAGAGCGCAUACGUCAUAGGAGUAGCUGGAGGUAGCGCCAGCGGCAAGACCAGCGUGUCUCGUCGCGUUCUGGCAAGCUUGCCAAAUGUACCUUGGGUAGCCAUCGUCAGCCAAGACUCCUUCUACCUGCCCUUGACUCCCGAGCAGAGCAAACUGGCUUUCAAGAACGAGUGGAACUUUGAUUCGCCAAGAUCAUUCGACGAGAACCUGUUCAGACAAUGCAUUGCAGAUCUGAAAGCCUCAAAGGCCGUCGAGAUCCCCGUCUAUUCCUUCGUGCAUCAUCAGAGGCUGGACGAGACAACGUACCUCUAUGGCCCCUCGGUGAUCAUUGUGGAAGGGCUCUUCGUCCUCAAUGAUCCUGAAUUGAGGGAUUUGCUGGACCUCAAGGUGUAUGUUCAGGCCGACUCUGAUCUCAUGCUGGCUAGGCGGAUUAUGAGAGACACAAAAGAGAGGGGAAGGGACAUCGAUGGAGUGAUACAGCACUACCUGAAGUGGGUCAAGCCUGCUAUGGAUUCCUACAUCGCGCCCACUUCCAAAUGGGCGGAUCUCAUUGUUCCAGGUCAGAACAACGAAGUCGCAGUGGACAUCGUGUCUCAACAUGUCAAGCGGCAACUGGAGGCGAGAACGUAUCGCUUCAGAUCCGAGCUCGGUCGCACCCCCUUGCCGCCUGACGGGGCUGAUAUGAGCACUAGCGCAUCUAUGGACGGCGCAUACGGACGUCCCCAGAUCUCGCGGUCCUCCUCUUACCUUGUCUUCCAGAACAUGUCGAGCGCGUCGUCCACCUCGUCCGAGACCGGGCUCACAUCUUUCACCAACAACCACUCUCCCAUAGCGCUGCCGAGCUCUGUGCACCUCUUAGCUGCAACGCCCCAGCUGGUUGGUCUCUUGACCAUCAUCCAUGACUCGACAACUUCGCCGGAAGACUUCAUCUUCUACACCGAUCGUCUAUGCUCCCUCGUGGUCGAAGAGGCCCUCAGCUUGCUGCCUUAUAAGAAUCGAGAGGUCAUCUGCAAUGGGACAGGAAGGAGCUGGCAAGGCAAGGAGCUCGACGUCGAGAACAUAUGCUCAGUGUCAAUUCUUCGCUCAGGAAGUGUCUUUGAAAAGGCCACACGGCGAGCCAUUCCCGAUCUAGCUCAAGGAUCUUUGCUCAUCCAGUCGUGCGAGAAUGAUGGCGAGCCGCAAUUGUAUUCCCUCAACUUGCCGCUCUCGAUCAGGAGACGGUCUAGAGCAGUCAAUUGCCAUGCUCUCUUGCUGGAUGCUCAGGUGUCUACGGGUGCGGCUGCAUUCAUGGCGAUCCGCGUGCUGCUAGAUCAUGGUGUACCUCAACAGAACAUCAUCUUCCUCAGCGUCAUUGCCUCGGCUCGAGGAGGUCUGUGGGCUUUGACCAAAGCUUUCCCUCAGGUACGUAUCAUCCUAGCGGGUGUGGAUCCAGGUCUCAAGAAGCUGCGCAUAGAGUAUCCUGGACCUCGCGAGAAGCAGCCGCACCAACAUCGCCGCGCCUCUACGCGAAGGCUGACAGGGAGCGUGUCUGCGGACAAGGGCACGACGACUGUGAAGAGCCACGACAACUCCUCACUCUCCUCUUCAGAAAGCGAGCACUUAGGACUACCGUCGUCUGCACCUGAUGACGAUGACGAAGAGCCGUCGAAGCCCAAGGUCAAGACGAUCUGGGCCAUCACACCCGGCACUGGCUCUAUAGGAGAUCGCUACUUUAGGACCGACUAGAUGUUGAUUUUGAGUGGGCAGCGUCGCAAGUCUCAUGGUGGAUACUAUGCGGAAUUCGUACAAAAGCAAUGAAUGUAUAAAGUGUUUACAAGUACACGGAGAAUCGUCUUCUCUUGCUCAUCUCUUCCUCUUCCCUCCGAAGUCGUUGUUGCCCGCUGAACUUCUUCGCAUCGGAGGUCCCCCACCAGAACCACCUCCUUCCGCACCGCCUCGUCUGCCAGCCUCGAGGAAUGGCAUCGUCUUUCGUUCCUUUGCAGCAUUCUUGCGCCUGCGCUUGUCCAGUGCUUUGCGAAGCGCUUUGGAGGAAGACGUUGCACCUUCCACAACGGGUGCUGCCUCCGCCCCAUCCCUCUUCUUGCCAGCCAGGCGCGAAAACUUGUCUUGUAGCAGCAGCUCUCGCUUGGCCGAGUCCUUUAGGUAGAAUCUCUUGCCACCCUGGCUGACCCGCUCCUCGUUGUCCUUCUUGAACGUCUUCAUCACCUCCCUCU